AUGGCGUCACUGUCCAGGCGGCGUGUCGCCAUAAUCACCGGUAUCACCGGACAGGACGGGUCGUACCUUGCGGAGCUGCUCCUUAGCAAGGGAUACGAUGUGCACGGCGUCAUUCGGCGGUCUUCGUCCUUUAACACGGGCCGCAUCGACCACAUCUAUCGCAAUGAGCAUCUCACGCUCCACUACGGCGACAUGACAGACGGCACGGUGCUGCACCACCUCAUUGCGCGGCUGAGGCCCGACGAGGUGUACAACCUCGCCGCACAAUCGCACGUAAAAGUGUCCUUCGACACGCCCGAGUACACGGGGCAGACGGACGGCAUUGGCACGCUGAAGAUCCUCGAGGCCAUACGCGCCAACAACCUGGUGGAGACGUGCCGCUUCUACCAGGCAAGCACCAGCGAGCUCUACGGCAAGGUGCAGGAGGUGCCGCAAACGGAGAAGACGCCCC